GGCGGGCGAAGGUUGUUGUGGAUUGGGAAGAAGCAAGUAUCAGUUAACGUUAGGAAGAGCUGCAACUUGGAAGACGGUCCGCUGUCCAAAGACGCGCUUGGGCCUCCGUCAGUCACGUGCGCUCUGCCACAGCCGAUCCAUUUGUCUCUAGCCUCUGCCAAUCUCACCGACAGUCGAGGCCUGCCUUUGCCUGAUUCUUGCUCUGCUUCUGUUCUGUCGAGAAAGCCUUGUUGACUUCGAAAGUCCUUAGCGAAGCCUGUUGCAUGCUUGUGCUGCCCUCGCCUGGAACCUUUCAAUGCGCUUUUCAGAACACUUUAUCUGUAACAGUUGCUUCGAGAAGUUAACAUUGUCUAGCGGCAUGCUUGACCUCGUCAUAUUCUUGAGGGCUUCCUUCUUGUUGGCAGCCAUAGCCGCUCUUCUUACCCACAUCGUGCCUUCUCUUCGCACUCGUUUCUUAGCUUAUGGCUCUCGCCAGAAUGGUCAACAGCCCUCAAAACUUAGUGCCAAUCCGCUUGACGCACUUGCCACGCUCCAAGUGCCUCAUGGCUGGUUUGGAUCCUUCUAUGUCGUGUCCACUCUGUGCUCCUUCAUAUGGUUCUCCCAGAUUCUGCUUGAUCAGUCGCUCUGGCGCAAUCUAGCAGUCUUGACCACCUUCAACAAGUCCAUGACAUUGGAUCAAGUCAUUGUCACAUGGGUACUGAUGCUCCUCCAAGGUGUCCGUCGAUUGUAUGAGAGUCUGGAAUUCACUAGACCCUCCAGCGCUCGCAUGUGGAUCGGCCACUGGGCCCUGGGGAUGUGGUUUUAUGCUAGUAUGAGUGUAGCCGUCUGGAUUGAAGGAUCUCCAACUCUCCUCAAAGAGUCUUUUGAAUUCUCACACCUGACUAUCGAGCCGCCAUCGCUCCGUACUUUUGUGGGCUGCUUGAUCUUCAUACUUGCUUCCGGUGUACAGCACGACUGCCACGCAUACAUGGCGUCUCUGAAGAAGUACAGCGUGCCUGAGCACCCCGUAUUCAACCAUCUGGUCUGCCCUCACUACUUUGCUGAGUGCUUGAUCUAUUUUGCUAUUGCGAUUGUCGCAGCCCCGGUCGGUGCAUGGCUGAAUUGGACCGUCGCAUGUGCUCUUGUCUUUGUUGGCGUGAACCUGGGCGUGACGGCGGAUGGAACCAGAGAGUGGUAUGUACAGAAGUUCGGGCCUGAAAGCGUAGGCGGGAAGUGGAAAAUGGUUCCCUUUGUCUUUUGA